AUAGCCUGCGAGUUGCAAAUGUGUAAUUAGGUGAGACGGUGUCAGGUGAGUUUCCCUCGGAAAGUUGAACUCGUUUGUACAUUAAGCAGUACAAACAGUUAACGGAAAGUUUUCCGAGGUAUGAUAAUUGAAACCCGAAAAUACCUUCGGGCUAGUGAUCGCCAGGUUUCUAGAAACGGGACAUAAACGGUUGUCAGAGGGAUAUAUAAACCGAGUCGUUCACCAGUGCGAAACACAGUUCGAGUCUUGCCCCAUAGACUGGUCAAUAGGACUGCAAGGCCCGAUUUUCAAUUUUGUAACAAAUAUUUAUACAGUAAGCGAAGAAGUCAAGGAGUAAUAUCUCGCGAUGGCUCAUCUUGGAAAUGUUGCGGUGGUACUUGUUUUGUGUUUCGGAGUUUUCGCGAGUUGCCAACAAGGUAGCAUCGAAGAAUUGUUGGCUGAUACGCCGUUAGUACGGAGACAGAUCGCCUGUCUGUUGAACGAAGGGCCGUGUGAUGACCUCGGAAGAUCUGCCAAAGUUUCGUUGAAGGAGGUACUGAUUAAUAACUGCGCUCGUUGCCAACCACAACAACGUGCAAAUGCUGCUAAGGUUGUGCAAUUCGUAUCAAAGAAUUACCCGAAAGAAUGGGCCCGAUUAGUUAAAUUAUACGGAGGAAACGCUCGACGAUCGUAA